AUGACACAAAAUCAAGCUCAACAAACGCCACAAACUGAAGUUCAAACACGAAACAAACUCAAGUUCAAAAACCAGACAAACUCAAGUUCAAAAAACACACAAACUCAAGUUCAAAAAACACACAAACUCAAGUUCAAACACGACACAAACUCAAGUUCAACAAAAACCACAAACUCAAGUUCAAACACGACACAAAAUCAAGCUCAACAAACACCACAAACUAAAGUUCAAACACGACACAAACUCAAGUUCAACAAACACACUAACUCAAGUUCAAAAACACCACAAUCUCAAGUUCAAACACGAAACAAACUCAAGUUCAACGAACACAAAAACUCAAGUUCAAAAACACCACAAACUCAUGGUCAAACACGCUACAAACUCAAGUUCAAACACCACACAAACUCAAGUUCAACAAACACCACAAACUCAAGUUCAAACACGAAACAAACAAAAGUUCAAAAAACACACAAACUCAAGUUCAAAAACGACACAAACUCAAGUUCAACAAAAACCAAAAACUCAAGUUCAACAAACACCACAAACUCAAGUUCAACAAACGCCACAAACUCAAGUUCAAACACGACACAAAUUCAAGUUCAAAAACAACAGAAACUCAAGUUCAACAAACGCCACAAACUCAAGUUCAACAAAAACCACAAACUCAAGUUCAACAAACACCACAAACUCAAGUUCAACAAACACAAUAACUCAAGUUCAACCAAUUCCCAAAUCUCAAGUUUAAAAAUUUCCACAACCUUAAGUUCAAAAACACCACAAAAUCAAGUUCAAACACGACAUGAACUCAAGUUCAAACACGACACAAAAUUAAGUUCAACCAACACCUGA